UCAAACUCUUUGUCUAUCUGCCUUCCAUCUUGGUGAGUUUCUCCGGCCAACCAAUGUAUCCCUUUGUCGUCGGCCGCGACCGGUCACCCCGAGGCCCAGUGCCUAAAAACCCAAUUCUCACCGGAGACAUCGCUCCUAACUCCACGGCCAUGCUCGAGAUAGCUGCCGGUAACCCUUUCAUGACCCUAAUGGUCAACACUCCCCAGUUUCUCCGAUCAUCUCCUUCCUGGCUUCCGGUUGUCUCGCAGCUCUACAUCUCCCUCCUCUGGAAUUUCACCGUCCUUCGUAACUUCGCCAGUUCCAAACAGUUAGCUUCUUUUCAAUACGUUCGGAUCUUGAACGAGCUCGAUUUCGUCAAUCGCUGUGCGGUUCCCGGGCCGUUAGUCCCUUUCUUCCAGUCACUAGCCUCCUUCAAUGGCCGCCUCUUCGACAUCACUCCGACCAUACCCGAUUUCACCGAUCUGUGGAACGCUUCCGCGUUUCACCCAAACGCCGAUUACGCUAGACAGCCGAUCAUCCUCGACCAGCUUUACCACUUCGCCACCUACGACAACGACGGCGAUGACGACUGCUUUCAAUUCCAGUGGUACAGUAACGUCUUCUCUCAAGACAUCGACGAUUACAACAAGCUGAGUCGCAUCGGUCCACAGCUCUGCGGCUCGAUAUUCGCCACGCGUCAGCAAUCCGCCGCCGCUCGAGCUUUCUGGAGCUUCGCCUUAGCCACCGGAUUCACACGUGUCAACGCCGCCGAUAAAACCGCUCCUUUCACCUCGAUCGAUAACCUCCUCGGUUUACGAAGCCAAUUCGGGAAUUCUCAGAUCAACUGGUUCCAAUUCGCAUCAGAUGCUAUGCAAAGAUACUGCAGAUUCUUCAACGGAUCUGUUCCCUUGAGCUCGAUUCUCCCCACUGGACUCGGAGCUGCCGCCGUCAGAGGCGUUCCUUCCGUCAACGAAGUUAACCGAGGCUUCCUUUACCCAAGCGACGACGGGAUCGAGCCGUUCACUUCAGCGAGAUUCGAUCCUCGCCGUCAAGUCCCAGCAGCAAUGUCACAAAACAUAACGGAGGGACCAUCACCGGCUUGGACUUUCUUCAGAAUC